GCCGCCUGGAGAUCCAGCAGGAGCUCGUCGAGGACAGAGAAUACAAAUUUUCAGAGUGUGUGCGAAGAAAGCAAAGAUUCGACCACAACAGCCGGAUUUACCAUUAUAUGGCAUUUAAGGAGUCUUUAAAGCGGUAUUUAUAAUAUCCUCCGGCAACGUCCGGCCCUUUGUGGAUUCACAGACCAAUAUACGAAAAGUUAGCGACUAGAACCGUUUAGUGGAUGGUAGGCUAAGGGCUGGUGUAUUUGGCCGAAGUUUUCUGGUCUCAAGUUUAAUCGCAGGAAUGUUUAGUGGUACUGGUGUGUUGGAAAGGUCUCUCAUUGUCGAAUUGAGCCACUCCUAGCACCGGUGAAUAGUUAAUGCAGUAGGAAUCUUGUUGGAGUUGUUCAUCCUUCACAAUUUAGCAUCACCUUGCGCUGGUUAUUCACAAAGUUUUAAAUACUGACGAGCAAUACAAUGCCAAAGACGCUGGGAGAGCUAGAAAGCCUUGAAAAGAAACAGGUUAUUGCGCCAAAGUCGCAAAAGAAGGACCCUGUAGCAGAGUUCAAGAGAAUGGAGGGGAUAAAGCGGGGUUUGCCAAAGGGCUUGCGCGAACGUGUGGAAAAGAGAGGAGUGAAGAAUGUGCAAGCACUCAAGGUUGUUGCUCGGCAGGCUGUUUUACGCAAGAAGAAUGAAAGUAUAAAGGGUGUCCCCAAGGGCGUUGUAAAACCAAAGAAACAAAAUGUUGAAAAGGCUCCACAGUACAAGGUUGACAGGAAAAUUGUGAAAAAGGCAAAGCGUGCGGUUGCUAGAUUGCGCUUGUAG